AUAAUAGAAAAUAAUUGACAUUAUACAACACAUACCUGUUUGAUUUAUUCUUCAGUUAAUUAGGUUCAAGCACUUGUACACAGCAAUUGCAGUAGUUACAAGACCAAAUGAAACUAUUGCCAUUGUUUUAUAACCUGUUCCUAGAAUUCAAAAUGAGUACAGAGAAAGUCCAGGCAUGUUAUCACCUAGAUUUUAUUUACUUACAUAUACCACAUGAGAUUUCUGAUGUUAAGAGUUCAUAUUUUGUUAUAAUAAAGCAAAAGCCAGAAGAAUUUCUCAAAUUUUUAUUGUUCUGAAAGCAUUACUGGGUUAAUAAUACUAUUUAUAAUUUUUUUAAGUCCAAGUAAUAGUAAAACAUAGAAGGUGAUGUAUUAAAACAUUUUACAUUUUUACUAAAAUUCAAAGUUGCAGGAGGAAGAAAUAUAACUGGAGAUGUCAGAGUGCUACGAUUCCCCAAGGCAUUAUGAAAAGCUCUACACAACACACACAUUGGGUAUCUGCAGGUGUACAAAUGUUUUCUGCCUGUUCAGAGCAGUUGGUAAGUUAUUGAACCUACAGACAUGUGCUCUGGAUUUCUUGGCAGCCUAGUUAGAAGUUUCUACUCAUUAUCACUCACAAUACCUUGGCUCUUCAACAAACCUUACAAAUUAACAACUACUUCAGGAAGCAGUAGAAGAUCCUGGGGCAAGUACCAUAAGUUUGCCCUGACAAACAUAUUCCUUCACAGACAUCAGCCGGUGUCUCACAGUAAAAAACCAGCCAGAUGCUGUAGACAGACAAACUGAAUUAUCCAGGUCAGCUGUACUCCUUGGAGCUGUGCUUUGUACUAAAGGACAGAAGCACUAGAAAGUGAGCCCUGUGUGAGAUGCUGCAUACCUGUGGGUGCCAGAGCUUCAGAGGAGCAGAAGCUCCUGCCACCUACCCAAUUACUGGGUUGAUAGUGUGUUUUCCAACUCUUAACUGACAGACCAACAUAGGAAAAAGAACAGCUUGCUGCCAGCACAGCUCUAAAGCACUCCUGUUCUGUCAAGGCUGAGCUAAAUGAAAAGUACCUGCAAGAGAGCAUACAUGGCUUUUGCUUUAUUAAUUGAACAAAACUGUAUAAAUACUUAAUGUGAGGGGAAAAAUAAUUAUUGGAUGAUAAGUAUUAAACCACAUACAAUCAACUCUGAAAUUUGUCUCCUCUGUAGCCAGACAGUUAAAGUCAAAGGAAAAAAAACAUUUCAAUUACCCAAAGGCAAAUACAGGCUCUACAGCAAGGAAAUGAAAACAAUGAGAAGAACAAUUCUGUUUGUGAGAGACACUUUGCCCAGAAAGGAUUAAAUGAACUUUUCUCAUUUGGAGAAAAGAUGGUGUACCAAACAUGUUUCUUAUUCAAAAUCUACUUAGUCCAGCAUGACAUAUUUUCCCAUGAAAUAUCUUACCAAGAAGUUACUUUGGCAAGGCAGGUGCUUUUCCAGGAAGUUUAGCAGGGAACAGUGGCCAAUUUCCUAGUGCUUUGCCUUGAAUAGCAGCAUGGUUCCCUGCACUAAGCUAAAGGAUAAAACAAGAAGCACUAGCUAAGAGGCACAUGGCCAAUGAAUGUGUGGUUUCUAUCACUGACAUUAAGAGAUUACCUAAAUUUCAGCUGACCCUAUCUGCUUUCCAGAUAAGGCAGAAAACCCCAAACCAAACAAAAACAGCCAACAACAACCAGCCCCACACAACAACAAUGCAACAGUAGUAUGCAGAAACUUUUAUAUUUCCUUCUACAUGGUAAUAGAUACAUUUCAAAGACAUUUUAAAGGAAAAACUGAAGUUUACUUUUCUUUCUACAUUCUUAGCAAGCAUAUUUCACUGUUUUAUUUGCAGCAGAGAAAGGUCCACUUUCAGUAAGAAAACACAAACAUAGUUAAUUAGGUACUAAUACAUAGUUAAUUAGGUACUAAUAAAUAUUUCUAGCCAUUAGGUCUGUAUAAUGCAACCUGACAUAAUAGAAAUCAAAACACAAAGUAAGUAUUUCAGCUUUAACAUGGUAGCAGUCUAAGCCAUUAUCAAAUUUCCAGAAUUUCAGCUCUUUCAUGAAACCAGUUUCAAAACUAUGAUGCAUCACACAACAAUCCAUCUUACUUAUGUAGAUUAGUUCCUCUUCUUAAAUUGCCUUAACCAAAGCUAAGGCUUUAUAAACAACACAAAUGGACAUCACUUUUUCUGUGAACUUUGCUAUAUUGAUCCACCAAAAGGAACUAUUCUGUUCUAAAAACAUACAAAGAAACAAAUUAGGUAUGACAAAGAAAUGUUUUAGUUCUAAACAGGUGGGAUUAGAAGGAUUAUAGAAAAGGUUACCCCUUGAUAUGAGUCAUUUUAAAAGCAUGAACUCAUCAGCUACUGAAGUAGUUUCCAUUCAACCUGUAAAAUAUAUAAAGAGUGCCAUUCCAGAAAUGGAAAACAAUUAUUUACCACUGGAAAAUAUUUCUUAGAAUUUGAGAAGCCAAACCUCUAUGCAAGCGCUAGACGAUUAAAAAAUGUGCAUCUCAUCAUAUAUCCUAAUUCUCUCCCUUCUCUCUCUUUUUUCUCAAGGUUUUCUAGUCUCAGUUUCAAAGUCUCUGCAAGAGGAAGAAGAUGAAGAUAUGUUGCUUGCUGCAUUAAAUCUAGGAAAAACUCCACAAAAUGGAGAUAAAGGUAUGAACAGAGGAGCUAUACCUUUGCUGAAGUACUACAAGACUGAAGACAGCAGUGUUUUCAAUGAUAAGAAUGCUGGAAACAUGAAGUUUUUGGACAGAGGUUCCAGACAUGAUUUCUUCAAUCAUGUUAUGCCAAUCAACUUAGGUAGAAAGCAACUACCUUAUCCUGCACUGAAGGGAGCCAUGGCUUUUCCAGCUGACACUGAAAUUCAAAAUACUGAGUCAAUACAGGAAAGAGAGACUACAGAUGAAGAAAAUUCAGCUAAAUUUCCUAUAGGAAGAAGAGAUUUUGACAGUAAAUAUAUUUUAUUUUUACACAGAAAAUUAUUUCAUUCUGGUAAAGUAUACUGCAAUGUCAAUAUAGCAAUUUGGUAA